AUGCAGGAAGCUCAACCUGGGUUGGAGAAAGCACACGAAGCGCUUCCCUCCGAGCCAAAUGUUGAUGGCAAGUUCCCUGACAAGAUUCCAGUCGACAAGGCACCCGUAUCAACAAACCAAGACGUUGAAAGCAAGCCAUCCAAGACGCAGCAGGUCAUCGCCGGCCUGGUCAAGAUCAAACCGCAGGAUCAGGGCCUGAAAACAUACUACACACCGCCACAAGGACAAGACACAAAUGUAGAUAUUGUGGCUGUUCACGGUCUGGGCGUGAACCCAAGUGACACGUGGAAUCACCAUGCGUCAAAACGUAAUUGGUUGAGCGACAAAGACAUGUUGCCGUCGGAGCUCCCAGAAGCUCGAAUUAUGAGCUAUUGCUACGACUCGCAGUGGAUCGGGGAUGACGCUGUGAAAUCCAGCCUCGAAGGCGUGGCGACGAAGCUUUUGAGAAGCCUUGGUCAUGAAAGAAAGAAAUGCUCCGACCGCCCGAUCAUAUUCAUCGGACAUUGUCUUGGUGGCCUUGUCAUGCAGCAGGCGUAUCUCAGUCUCCAUCUACAGCCGGAGGACUGGCCCAACCUUUCCACAGACAAUGUCAACGGCAUGGUCUUUCUUGGCACACCUCACCAUGGUGUUGCGGAUGGUAUUCUCUCAACGCAGGGGCAGAUCUAUCAAAGUAUUCUUGCCAGCAAACUUCACGUGGAGCCAAACAUUCUUGCAUCGGUAGAACGCAACAGUGAUGUUCUGAAAAGUGUAGUUCACAACUUUACCCGACGUAUUCAUAAUGUUACCAGACGUCCUGAGAUAUUCUGCUUCUAUGAACAAAGAAUCACCAACGUCGGAGCAAUUGUUGGCUUGAAAACACCAGCAUUCCUUGUCGAUGAGACAUCUGGCACACUAAGCGGUCAUCAGAAAGAGGAGCUUCCGCUCGACCACUUCUCCAUGAACAAGUUUGAGAAUGAUCAAGAUAACAACUAUCAAAGCGUAAGCAGAGAGGUUGUUCGGAUGGCGCAAAAGAGUGUAGAGAUGAGCAUCAGAGUAAGCUAUGCAGGAGCCAAACUUGACCGCGGGCGCCCGAUUCCCGCUCUCCCCGCCCCUAUCGCAACCGAAGAUAGAUUCGCUCCGCGCGGUGGAUUGCUUGAGAAGAUCGCGCAAAAGUUCGAGUCUAGUGGACGAGUCGCUCUUUACGGGCCAGCAGGAACCGGAGCUUCCAGUAAGACUCACGUAGCAUUGGAAUAUGCAUAUAGUUAUCGGAGAAAAUACCCUGCUUGCCACAUCCUCUGGGUCAAUGCUGGAACGGCAGAGCAGUUUGAAUGCUCUUUCAAGCGCAUUGCUGAAGACCGCCGCCUCGUUAGAGACGGCAUGGAAAUGAGUAUGGUACUCGAGACAGUCUGGAAAUUCCUCCGCUACGAGUCGAGCGGCCACUGGCUUAUGAUUCUUGAUGGCUUGCAGGAUGAAGCGUUACUGCAAGCCACAAGUGUACAGCACGCUGGAAGGUCUCUGCUUGAAUUCAUCCCCAACAGUGUCCUCUCAAGUGUCCUUAUCACAACACAAUCCAAGAGUUUGUCUUUGCGUCAGGUUGGAAAGCGGUCUGAUAACUCAACAGAGAUGCCAAAGCUCAGUGAGAAGGACGCCUCAAUCCUCAUGCUGGGUAGAGUUACCAAAGAUGCAGACCGUAACAGAUGGAUCAAGGAUAUUGGCAAGGCACUGGACGAUCUCCCUAUCGGUUUUGUCUUGGCACAAAUCUACCGAGAGGAAGUUCGGCCGUCGAUGAAGUCUCGAGAAGUCUUGAAAGCAGUUGAAGCCCAGGCUGGCGAAAAGCGUCCAACUGCAAGAGUGUGGAACUUGCUCUUGGACCUUAUGAAGCAGCAGUAUCCAGAGUCUGUGGAUCUGAUGCUAAUGAUAAGUGCAAUCGACCUACAGAGUGUUCCUGGAACACUCUUGGAUCGGGCUCAGACCUCAAAACAAAUACCUGUUUUAGUGAGAUACGGCAUCGUCGAGCCCUCAACGGAUAAGCGAGUCUACCACAUCACAAGUGCCAUCAGAGUGUGUGUUAAGGGCUGGCUGGCUAAGCAUCCCGACCAUAAAGUCGCAAUUGAGGAGCUUGCGCUUUCUGUUGUGUGCGAAAGACUGACGCCCGAGACAGGUGAGGGUCUUCUGCCUUGUGCAUUAGCCCUCUUGAAGUGGGAGUCUCACUCUAGCGCCAUGCGGGAAAAUAUGGUCAAGCUACAUCGCGCCGUCUUUGAGCACUACAAUCGCUCGAAGCAAUUUUCACAAGCUCUAGGAUUUCUAAAAAAGUGUAUGAAAAUACUGGAGGCCGAUCCUAAUAUCAAAAAUAGAAAAAGCAUUAUGACACAGACAAAGAGGGACGUUGAUCAUGUCAGGAAGGCCCUAAGAAGGGAGCCUCAAACAGUAGCCCAAAAACCCAACACAAGGAGCCUCACCAACAUGCAAGCCGACGUCGAUAAGCUGAGCACAAGCAAUGAUUACGGCAAAGACCAUGAGGAGACUAUUGGUCGUAUAAGUGAACUCGCCGGCAUGCAACUAGCGCGGCGCCAGGAACGGGGCUCAAACAACACAGUCGACCUAUAUAAUCGUAUCUUGGACUGGCAUCAAGCCAAAAGAAAGGCCGACCAUAUAGGCACAGCCCGUCACCAGUGUAAUCUGGCGUUGGCGUACGAUGUUAAAGGAGAUUUCGACAAAGCCGAGAAGAUGUAUCAUUCUGCUCUCAGUGAGGGACUGAAAGAACAAACUCGCGAGGCACUGGUAUUGCGAUUCCGAAUCCUUGGUAACCUUGUCUGCUCAUAUGGUCGCCAAGGGCGAUUAGAAGACACGCAAGAAGUGCUGCAGACUCUUUUGCCAGAACAGAUAGAGAUCCUUGGAUGGGAUCAUCCGGACACACUCGUAACAAGGCAUAGUGCUGCUCUUUUGCUACAAGAACAUGGAUCAAUUGAUGUUGCAGGCAAGGAGCUGCGUCGCAUUCUUGACGCCCAGAGAAUUCUGCUUGACCCAGAUGAUCCAGCUUUAUCGCGAACCGCGUGCAGUCUGGCCUUGAAUCUGAGAUUACAGGGGCAUCCUCUGAAAGCGAAGAAGCUUUUCAAAGAAACACUCAAGACACAAAUACAGCUUCUUGGAGAGGACCAUAUCGAUACAGCUAAGACAAAUCUGAUGUUGAAAGAAUUAUUACAUGCUGAUGCAACCCUACAAACGGAACUUAGUUAG